GGAAAAAAAAGGAAAAGGGGGAAAGGAAAAGGGGGAAAGGAAAAGGGGGGAAAGGAAAAGGGGGGAAGGAAAAGGGGGAAAGGAAAAGGGGGAAAGGAAAAGGGGGGAAAGGAAAAGGGGGAAAGGAAAAGGGGGAAAGGAAAAGGGGGAAAGGAAAAGGGGGAAAGGAAAGGGGGAAAGGAAAGGGGGAAAGGAAAAAGGGAAAGGAAAAGGGGGAAAGGAAAAGGGGGAAAGGAAAAGGGGAAAGGAAAGGGGGAAAGGAAAGGGGGAAAGGAAAGGGGGAAAGGAAAGGGGGAAAGGAAAGGGAGGAAAGGAAAAGGGGGAAAGGAAAUGGGGAAGGAAAGGGGGGAAGGAAAGGGGGAAGGAAAGGGGGAAAAGGAAAAGGGGGAAAAAGGAAAAGGGGGAAAGGAAAGGGGGGAAAGGAAAGGGGGAAAGGAAAGGGGGGGAAGGAAAGGGGGGAAAAGGAAGGGGGAAAGGAAGGGGGGAAGGAAGGAAGGGGGGAAGGAAAAGGCGGAAAAAGGAAAAAUGGGAAAAAGGAAAAGGGGAAAGGAAAAGAGGAAAGGGGGGGGAAAGGAAAAUUUGGAAUGUUUUUUUUUUGUAAUAGUAAAUUAGGUCAGGUGAAAGAAACUAUCACAAAUGUUUUUGAAUCUCAAGUUAACAAAAAUUGA